CAAAGACAACAUUGCAACGAAUCACACCGCGGGCACGACGCACCCGCAACCCAAACGUAACAACAUGAGGAUCUUUGUAUGUCUAUUGUUGGUAGUCGCCUCUUGCAAGGCCGGUUUCGAAGCGGGUGGGUAUGGCUCCAAUGGAAUUUCAGGCCAUGAUGACGGGGGAUCUUCAGGAUAUGACUUCGGACAUAGCGGGGGACAAGAUCUAUCUGGGGGACAAGGUGGACAUGAUUACACUCAAGCGCUAACUCAUGGUGGCGGACAAGAUUUAGGAGUCCAAUCAUUCGGAGGACACCAUGAAUCAUUGGGACAAGGUUCGUUUGGAGGUCAUCAAGGGUCGUUUGGAGGUCACCAAAGCUUCCAAGGUCUUGAACAACAAGGAGAUCAUGGAUUUGGUGGUCAUGAUUCUUACUUACAAGCGGCUCAGGAUCUAGGCAACCAUGGAUUCGAAGGAAACAGCUUCCAAGGCCACGGUGAUUCUGGCAGUCAAGGCGCGGAGUUGAGCCAUGAUUUUGGCGGUCACGGAGGUUUCGGCCACGAUCAAGGACAAAGCUUCACAUUACAAGAUGGCGGACAUGAUUUCGGUGAUCAAGGACACGGUUAUGAAGCUCAUGCUAUCCCAGUAGGCGAACACACUGAUGUCGAAAGCCCUGUCACCGUACCGCUGUACAAACAUGUUACGGUGCCUGUACACAAGCCAAUCCACGUCAACGUACCCAAACCUAUUUUGGUGGGUGUACCUCAACCGUAUCCAGUUAAAGUCCCAGUACAUAAGCCCGUGGCUGUUCCAGUUGAGACAGAAAUUUCUAUCCCGAUCGAGAAAGUUGUUCCUUAUCCCGUUGUAAAGCAUGUCCCAUAUCCUGUAGAGAAACAUGUGCCCAUUAAGAUAGAAAAGACCGUUACAGUACAUGUGCCUCAGCCUUAUCCAGUAAAAAUUCCCGUAUACAAAACCAUCCACCAUCAUAAAAGCCACUGAGGCUUGGAUGCGUGUCAACUGUGCCUUGUAAAUAUUGUUGAUUAAUUUUAAGUUGUGUUGUUAAGUCAUUUUCAACUGUCAUGUUGUAGUUGAUUUAUUUAUUGUAUGUUUUGUUGAUGAUUACAUUGUUGUUGUUUUGUUA